GAUGAGAAGGGGAAGUGUAAGCAACAGCAAAGUUCACUAAAUCCAACUCUGAAAACAGAGACACGCAGAUUAUAUUCUCCCAAACAGGUCUGAUCAGACAAGUUACAGGAUGGCUCAAGGCUGCCUCAAGUGUCUAAAGCUCACCAUGUGUGCUGCCAACUUCCUUUGUUUUAUGUGUGGGGUGGCCGUGCUGGGUUUCGGCGUGUACAUGAUGAUUAAUUUCAGGAUGGCCGCACUCACUCCGACUUUGGCCAACUUCAACUUGGCCAACAUGUUGCUGAUCAGUGGCAUCGUGAUCACCUGCGUUUCCUUCCUGGGCUUCCUGGGAGCUCUGAAGGAGAACCGCUGCCUCCUCCUGACGUUCUUUCUGCUGCUCUUCUUUCUGAUGCUGGUGGAGCUGACUGUUGCAUGCUUGCUGCUCGUGUAUGAGGGAGAGAUUGCUGAACUGGUGCAAAAAGAUCUCAACGAGGGUUUGGAGAAGGCUAGAAAUUCUACAGAUUUGAGUGACUGGGACCUGAUUCAGGAGCAGCUUGAUUGCUGUGGAGUCAAAAAUGUGACAGACUGGGAAGGCAAUGUGCCUGAAUCUUGCUGUGUCACUAAAUGUAACGGCGACAACUACAGGAAAACGGGAUGUUUGGCAAAGUUGAAGACCUUCUUUGAGGAAAAUUUCCUCACCACUGGGAUUUCUGUCAUCGUUCUCUGCAUCGUCGAGGUCCUUGGAAUGUGUUUCGCCAUGACACUCUUCUGCCACAUCAGCAGAUCCGGCCUGGGUUACAAGUUAUAGACAACAUUCCCUCAAACAAUCCAUCUUUUAUCUGAGUAUUUUAGAGUAAAUAUUAGUGUACAGUUCUGUCCUCACAAAAGGCCAGAAAAGGCAUGCAAUGUUUCUGAAUAAGCUUAUUUAAAAAUCAGAAGAUUAUUUUGUGAGGACAAAUCGUGAUUUUUUUGUUUUAUCAGAAUCACAAAUAUUUUUGAAGUUAACACAGAAGAAACUUUCAGACAUGACAUCUCUGGCCUUCCAUAUCUGUGAGCGGUCAAGCGUGUAAAAUGCUAUUUCAGUCUGAGCUGUGCAAAAUCAAAGUGGCUUUGUACGCGACUUGCUUGUUGCUCUGAACGUCUACAUUGAAUGUUGUGUAUGUUGUACAUCAUUUGAUUAAAUCUUGUAAA